CGAACAGCAUUCCCGUCGUGUCUCGCGAUCUUGUAAAAGUCACACAGCGCCUAUAAAUUGGGACGUUUUGAGGGGUUCGGCGACUAGGUGGCAACGGUUUUGUUUCGGGUGAAGAACAUCAGCCGCGUCACGUCACGAUGAACGAAACCGCGAUCUCGUUCGCAAAGGAUUUCCUGGCCGGUGGAAUCGCCGCCGCGAUCUCGAAAACCGCCGUCGCUCCGAUCGAGAGAGUCAAACUGCUGCUGCAGGUCCAGCACGCCAGCAAGCAGAUCACGGCAGACAAACACUACAAAGGUAUCAUUGACUGUGUAGUGCGCAUUCCUAAGGAGCAGGGAUUCCUGUCGUUCUGGAGAGGGAACUUGGCCAACGUCAUCAGAUAUUUCCCCACACAGGCCCUCAACUUCGCUUUCAAGGACAAGUACAAGAAGGUGUUCCUGGACGGCGUUGACAAGCACACUCAGUUCUGGAGGUAUUUCGCCGGUAACCUGGCCUCCGGUGGAGCGGCCGGAGCCACGUCCCUGUGCUUCGUCUACCCGCUGGACUUUGCCAGAACCCGUUUGGCUGCUGAUGUUGGCAAAGCUGGUGCAGGGAGAGAGUUCACGGGACUCGGCAACUGUUUAGCGAAGAUCUUCAAGUCUGACGGCCUGAAGGGCUUGUAUCAGGGCUUCAAUGUGUCCGUGCAGGGCAUCAUUAUCUACAGAGCGGCGUACUUCGGCGUCUAUGACACGGCCAAAGGAAUGUUGCCGGACCCCAAGAACACGCACAUCAUGGUGAGCUGGAUGAUCGCUCAGACCGUCACCGCAGUCGCCGGUCUUACAUCAUAUCCAUUUGACACGGUCCGUCGGCGUAUGAUGAUGCAGUCUGGACGCAAAGGAGCUGACAUCAUGUACACCGGCACGAUCGACUGCUGGAGGAAGAUCGCUCGUGAUGAAGGCGGGAAGGCUUUCUUCAAAGGUGCCUGGUCUAAUGUGCUGCGAGGAAUGGGCGGAGCCUUCGUGCUGGUUCUGUACGAUGAGCUCAAGAAGAUCAUUUAAACUUUAACGUUCGCCGCUGGAAAACCUGUAAUGCGUCUGGUUGGACUUCUGCCGUAUGCGGCCUGACUAGUAUUUCGCUACUAGUUACGUUGCAGAUGAUGCAUGUAUGAAAGAAAUGUUUUAUUUUUUCUCUCCAGAGUUCCCGUCACUGGUUACUGUUGUACCUUGAAGUCAAAACUGAGCACCUUAUCUGUUCUCCCGUCAGUCUGUUUUAAUUCUGACUUGAAUAAAGUCGUUCUACUGAAAAAACCUA